UUGCGCCUCUCUAGCCCGGGCUCCCCGCCUGUUGCCGGAAGUGCGGUGGGGGGCUGGCUGGAUGAGGCCCCUGCCCCCAUGGCUGGCCUGGCUGCUGAGUGGAGCACGGCUCUCCCCAGCGUGGGGCUCAGCGCCGUGUGUCUGAGCUCUGCUGUCCGCACUUUCCAGAUAAAUCGCGGGGCCGCCGCAGGGUUCCUCCUCCAGGCCCUGGCAGCACUUUUGGGAGCAGUUGGCUUCUUCUGGACACCUCUUGGGGUUACCUUGGCAGCAGAUUCCCAGUCUGGUAUCUGGGUCUCCACCGUCAUUGGCCUCCCUUUGCUGGCUUUUGGAUUUCACUGGCUGAACGGUGACCACUCCACUGCCAACAUCCUCCUGGGAGGAGCCCUGCUGCUGGCCGCGGGCUUGGAGUACUUCACUGAAGAGGGCAGGGCCAUGGUUGCCCAGUCUGUCACCGUGGUGGCCUCCAUCACCAUCCUCAUCCUUUCCAUUUUCACCAUGAAUUUCUAUGGGAUACUGGGCAGCCUGGUGUUGAGCACAGCUGGCCUCCUGUCCGGGGUGAAGGUGGAGACACUGCUGAUGCUGAGGAAGGAGGCUGUCCUCAGCUGUCUCCUGGCAGCAGGAAAUUUAGCAUUUCAGUGGGCCUUCCGGACACAGCACCUUGACCUUGAUUGAUUUUAUGUGGGACUUACCAAGGUGCUGUCUGUGGCGUUCUCAGUGUGGUCUGUGGCUGCCGUCAGCCUUGGUGCAGUGGUUACAGCUUCCAGCAGGCAAUGUGACCUGGGCCCUGGGACUGUAGAGUUAACCUUCCUGUUUAUGGCUGCUGUCUGAUCUAUAUUAGCGCACUGGGUGCAGCCCUCAGGCUCCAGGUAAGUCGCUGCAGCAGCUUGUGACUUGGGUAAACUGAUUGAUGCCGGAUGAGGAGGAUACCAAAGAUUGGAGCUGUCCCGUUUGCUGCUCUUCCCUGGAGUGGGCCCUGAUAGGGCAGAAAUACACCAACUGCUGCUCCAAACUGCUUCGAAUUUCUUCUUUGGUCUCUGGGGUGGGGAGAAGAGGCAGGGUGACGCUGGAGCCCUUUUGGAAGCCGGCUGGUUCAAUACCCCCAGCCUUCCAGGAGGAGUUACAGACCGCCCAGGGAAGAGGCUGGCUAUUCCAUCGUAGGCUCAAGGGAACUGGUGACAGAAAGGACCUGGCAGUCCGUUUCCCAGCAGACCAUUGCAGACUGUGAGAGUGCCUGGUCCCUCCUCCUCCCAUGUCUCCAGCACUUCCCUUGGGAGCCCAUCCCUUAGCAGAUGGAGCUCAGGGUAUUGUUCAUGCCGACCCGUCUACAUUUACCUUUGCUUAAUUUCAUUCCAGGCAUUAACAGACUCUUGCGAAUUUACGGGUAUUAAAUUCAGGAGACUCUUAUUGUUUCCCCGCCCCAGUUUAACUCAGCCCCUCUGUGAGGAUAAUGUUAUUAUUGAGUACUUGGAACUUUUCACGUCAAAGUGCUGUAAGUGCUACCAGUGGCCUGUAGUAUCUUGGCUGUCCCAUGAUAACUUGCUGUCCUAUAGUUCUGAUUGCCUUGGGAACUGCACCCUUGAGUGUCCUGACUCUUGUGCCUGUAAAGCCUUGAGCACCAGCUGUUUUUUACAGUUAAUUUCCUCACUUGAAAGGGAAAAUAAAAAAGUGAGACCAACUGAAAUAAAGCGUUUCCCACCCUGU